CCCAAACUUUCUUGCACAUCGCGAACGAUUGUCGAAACCCACCGUAUACCCGAUACACCCCCCGAACCACAGACAAAAUGGCCGACGGAAUCGAUCGAAAUGCCGACGACAAGAUGGAGUUCUCCACCUCCAAGGAGGUCACGGUCGCGCCAACCUUCGAGGCAAUGCACCUGAAGGAGAACUUGCUACGCGGUAUCUACGCCUACGGUUACGAAUCGCCUUCAGCGGUGCAGUCACGUGCUAUUGUGCAAAUCUGCAAAGGUCGCGACACUAUUGCGCAGGCGCAGUCCGGAACAGGAAAGACUGCGACUUUCUCCAUCUCUAUCCUUCAGGUCAUCGACACAGCUGUACGCGAGACUCAGGCACUCGUGCUGUCGCCCACCCGUGAACUUGCGACCCAGAUUCAGCAGGUUAUCGUGGGUCUCGGUGACUACAUGAACGUACAGUGCCAUCCUUGCGUUGGAGGAACAAAUGUCGGCGAGGACAUCCGCAAGCUUGACUACGGCCAGCACGUCGUCUCUGGAACCCCGGGACGCGUUGCUGACAUGAUUCGCCGCCGCAACCUUCGCACACGCAACAUCAAGAUGCUCGUUCUCGACGAAGCCGAUGAGCUUCUCAACCGAGGUUUCCGUGAGCAAAUCUACGACGUGUACCGCUACCUACCGCCCGCGACACAGGUCGUAGUUGUUUCAGCUACCCUUCCAUACGAUGUGCUCGAGAUGACAACCAAAUUCAUGACGGACCCCGUGCGCAUUCUAGUUAAGCGUGACGAAUUGACGCUGGAGGGCCUCAAGCAAUACUUUAUCGCUAUCGAGAAGGAAGAGUGGAAGUUUGACACGCUGUGCGAUCUCUACGACACACUCACCAUUACACAAGCAGUCAUCUUCUGCAACACCCGCCGCAAGGUUGACUGGCUCACAGACAAGAUGCGCGAGGCCAACUUUACCGUAUCCUCCAUGCACGGAGAGAUGCCCCAGAAGGAGCGAGACAGCAUCAUGGCAGACUUCCGCCAGGCCAACUCUCGCGUCCUCAUCUCAACCGAUGUGUGGGCGCGUGGUAUUGACGUGCAACAAGUGUCGCUGGUCAUCAACUACGAUCUUCCCUCGAACCGUGAGAACUACAUCCACAGGAUCGGUCGAAGCGGGCGAUUCGGACGCAAGGGUGUGGCCAUCAACUUCGUCACCCAGGAUGAUGUUCGUAUCCUCCGUGACAUUGAGUUGUACUACUCUACCCAGAUUGACGAGAUGCCUAUGAACGUUGCGGACCUGCUCUCAUAAACUGUCGAGCGAAAUAGAAGCGCAUUGCGCAAAACGAACAUGAAACGUCAGACAUAAACGUUCAAGGCGAUGAGGUCGUAUAGACGCUCAAUCAGGGAGCAUUACCCGCUCCGAGCGGCGCACUGGAAGUGGAGGAAGGGGCUCUCUAGCCGAGCAGCCAGAAUUAAAUUGUAACAAAUACCCACAAGAUGCCUACAAUCCACGAAAUCGAUGGUUUCCGAUGAUUCUUAGCGGUGCUCUAACUCGAUGACUACACUUAGUCUCAACUUUCACUAUCAUACUAUAAUGAUUUG